GAGAAAGAAGAUUUAAGAAGGUGGUCAGGGAAAGGUAAACAACUUAAAAGACUUAUUCAUGAGUCCGAUGGGCUUUCAGCUCGACAGUGAUCACAGUGUAAAAGUAGUUAUGGCCGGUGACUCAGUCCCCCCUCCAUCGCAUCGUCCAUGGUUGUUAGACAAAGCGAAGGACUCUUCGAAACAAUGUGAAGAUACAACGGCCAAUGUUCGUCCGGAGAGGGUUGUAUACUAUUGUGAACAGGAUUUCCGUGUCCAGACUGAAAACAUGAACAAUAUAUGUGGGUGUGGCUGGUACUAUUCCAACACCACUAGUGAGAUGGCCAAAGAUAUGUUACGAAGAAGCGAUGUGGGGACAUUUCUGCUGCGCGAUAGUGUAGACCCGAGAUUUCUCUAUUCUCUUAGUAUUCAAACUCCCAAAGGGGCUACCAGUAUUCGCAUAACUUACACCAAAGGAAAAUUUCAGUUAGACUGUCUAGAAAAAUUAAAAAAGUUGUUGCCAAAAUUUGACUCCACGGUGGCCCUUGUUGAUUAUUACGUAAGGACGAGUAAGGGUGACACAAAGCGUAAAAAUGUCAAUAGGUUUUUGGAAAGUUCUGGAAAGAAAGAUAUGCCAGUGUUGCUAACUAAACCUCGCAUAAACAGUGUAUCUUCACUACAACACCUCUGUCGACAAAUAAUCAACCGAAAUAUACCAAGCAGUGUCGAACAGGACUACUCCUCGCAUAACGGCCAGAUAGACAAACUGGUCAUGCUACCAAAAGAUUUACGUAAAUAUUUAAAGAGUUAUCCAUAUCUGAACUGACAGCCCUAGUGGAAGGACACGGAACAGUGAUCAUAUUACCAUAGGCAGAUAAUGUACCUACCAUGAAGUGGUUAUCAUGACUACGAAUGGGAUAAUGAAAAGUUCCCAUGGUUACAUGAUGGAUAGACCGUGGUUCGUCUGGUUCUGAUAGGAAAUGGUUGCAGUGACGUAAUUAUGAGGCAGAAUAUGGUUCGAAGUCGUCCGCAUGGUUACAGAAAGAACCUAUGCAUUUUACCGUGUGAAAAAUAUGGAUAUUGAAAUGAAUUGACAAAAUUGGAGGCGUUGAUUGACAUGAAGUGAUGCGGAUUGCUACCGAGACAAAAUUUUAAUUUAAUAAUUUACUAUUUAUUGUGUUUCUACCUCAGGACUCCCUGGACAAUCGGUGUUCCUUCGUGUGUUACUUAAUGUGGCACCAACACCCCGUGUACUGCCAUUUCAUAACCUUUGUGAGUGUGUUGAUCUCGCUCCUAGUCAGUUAGUUUUUAUUUUGAAGAGAUAUGUAACUUUGAACACGGUAACAAGAGAUUCUUGCAAACUGUGACAUUAGUGUGUUGUAAUAUCAAAUACAUGAAAAUAUUGGCAGAUUUUGUCAAAACUACCAUGGAUUCGCCUAAGUGUUCAGUGAUGUAUAGUGAAUGAUCUUGGAUGGAGUCGCCAUCUUUUGACGGUAGAUUUGAAUUUAGUAUGGUGCUAAUAGUUAAUCAAAUUGCCAAAUCGUCCCUCACGACACUUACUGGAGUUACAUGUAUUUUAUUAAGUCACUGAAGUGCAUUUGAGUA